UCGAAUGUCUAGCUUGCUGCGUUUUCCCCUUCUGAUUGAGUCGCUCUGUACGUCAAAAGCGUUGCUACGGCUGCUACGGCUUCUUCCCUGCUCGCACUUCCCGGAGGCGCAGAUGCGGCGCCUACUUCGGCUACCGGUAGCACCGCGACUGCUCCGUCCAACGGUCCUCGAGCGGCUCUCGCAUCUCUUCGUAGACGGCUGCAGAACUCGAACGCCAAUGCUGCGCCUCCCGCCAAUGAGGAAAACGGCCUCGAACAUGUGCUCCGUUCUUACAUGCAACGUGCAAUGAGCGGGAACGAAUUGAAUACUAGCUUACCGGCAUCAGGUGGAGAAAGCGGCACCUCUGCAGAUGCCCAAGCAGCCGGAGAGGGCGAUCAGCCCGGCCUCGCUACCAUUUUGCCCAAUGCUGAGGAAUCCAGCUUCGAAGAGUUCCUGAACAAUAUGCAGUACAGUCUGAUCCGGACCUUGCGAGAGUUUAACGGUGAUCCUACGCUACAAGCAGCGCCAAAUACGCAGGCUUCAGCCCUGUCUGGCUCGACUGCGCAACCACAAGGACCUUCGAACCCUGCCGACGUCGCCGAGACGUCUUCUGAACAAGUCGGUCGACCCACUCAGUCAGCGGAAAUGGAGUCUGCGCCCGUUGCUAUGGAAGUGGACGAGGAUCAAGGAAGCGUUCAUUCGAGCGAAUCGGCCGCAUCGGACGAGAACCCUACUGGAGAACCCAGCCGUCUCAGCUUUUUCCGCAUGUUUCAGUUUCCAGCACGUGACCAGCCUCCCCCAACUACAGCUCCUGCUCCUGGCGAGCCCGCCGCGCCUACAUCUCUGAUCCCGGCCGUCAUCGUCGGGGUCCGAUCCAUCAACCGAGAUAUCAACACCAUUAAUUCACAGAACGCUGGACAGAGUCAGUUCCCGUUCAGCGAUGCUGCAGACAUGCAGGAUCAUACACAGGAUGAUCCUGCGCCUGCCCCUGCAGCCUCUGCUGCCACAACUACCGGUGUCACAGCCGAUGCGCCUACGGAAACACCCAUUCCUACGAUUACGACCACCGAUACCGAGACUGCCGAGCCGAAUACUACCACACCCGACAUCACAGAUGCCACUUCUCCUGACAUCGAUGUUCCACCGGAGCAUAGGAAUCGGUUGAUGCGAGCCAUGCGCGCUCUGGUUCAUCGUGAUGGGCAACGUGCUAGGCAAGCUGAAGCCCAAGCUCAAGCUCGAGCCCAGGCGGCUGCGCGAGCUGCGGCUUUCGUGACCAACAACUAUGUCAUCUGGGUCGUCGGUGGGAAUUACCCGGCGGGCCAUCCGAUCCUGACGAUACCGCAUCUGUUCACUGGGGAGUUGAACCACGACGAUCUCUGGGCGCUGGCCGAGGCUAUGGGACAGCACAAGCCUCCGGUGGCGACCAAGGACGAUAUUGCCAAGGCGGGUUUGAAGGUUAUCAAGGGAUCCGAGAUCGAGAGUGCCGUCAAGACGGGUCAGGUGCACGACAUGUGCCUCGACCGAUGUUUGGUCUGUUUGUCUGACUAUGAACCUGAGGAAGAUUGCCGAGUGAUGACCUGCAAGCAUGCUUUCCACGUCGAAUGCAUCGACCGAUGGUUGGAGACCGGUAGGAACAGUUGUCCCGCUUGCCGGCAAGCGGGCGUCAAGACGGCUUCCAACACGGAGACUCCUCCGACCACCCAGGCUGACGCUUCCGGACCCACUUCGACUCCAGACGGAAAUCUUCCAGAAGCUCAAGCCGUUCACAGCACCGAGGCUACCGCCUCCACCCAAGAUCACGACACGACUAUGGCUUGAUGGAAAUGCCUUAGUUCCAUCCUUCUGCAUAUACGCAUACGGGUUUGCCAUAUAGCGCAUGAUUACGACCUCGUUUACGACCAUGUUUGCUUUGCGAGUUUCUCUGCCAUGUAUCGAUGAGAAUAUCAGAAUUCAGAUGUAUCCCUUACCUCG